AUGUCACCGCGUACUUCCAUUGUCACAGCAGCACCGCCGGAUUUUCAGGCUCCAGAAUUACCAAUACGGCCUCGAAUAGCCAUGAAGGCGCCAGCGCAUCUUGGAAACACAUUUACACAUGGGGCUUCCGCGAUUGAGGACAACUCAGAACAGAGCAUUAUGCCGCAGCAACCGAUAAUCGCAACGCGGUUCACGGCACACGAUGUCCUUAACAACAAGAUACGACGAUGUUCUCCAUCCGCAAUACAGAAUCAGAACGCAAUACAGAAUCAGAGAACACCCUUCCCCCACGUUCCGCCUACGGAUCGCCACCUCCCUGAUUGCUCAAACCCGACACCGGAGAAGUUUACUCGUAUGUAUGUCGAUUUCAUUAUCUACUGCAAUCCGGCCGUUCCUCUGACGCACCGGACAACGCCUCUGGAAGAAGCCUUCAACAGUGUGCCGAAGUCGGAUGAUAAAUCCUUUCCGAUUUGGGAUGUGUUUGAGUUACAUAAGCGCCUUCAGUCGGGAGAGAUCAAGAACUGGGCGUCACUUGCGGCGGAGCUUGGUGUUCGACGGCCAACGAAACAGAAUAAGCAAAAGUUGACACAGUAUGGGCAUAAGUUGAAGAAGUGGUUGAAGCAGAUGCAUAUUGAUGCUUUUUUCGCUUAUCUGGAAGGGAAGGAGUCCGAAUAUUUCACUUUGAUCCCUGGCGUUCAGGCUGACGGCGAGUUCAUCGAUGAAAGGGAUGGCGUUGCAAAGAAAGAUGACUUGGCUCUCAUCGCGCUCUAUCGGGAUAUCAAAUCAACCAAGCGUGGGAGGAAACCGAGGCCAGACAAAGAGGAGGAUAUGUCAGUUGCUGCCAGAGCCAUCAAGCGGGCAAGAACGAUGGACUACACGGAUUCUGAAGCAGAUUCGCCGAUGACAGGUACACCCAGUAUGGAUCCGGCUGCGGCGCAAUUGUCUGGCAAUGUUGCAGCUCCAUCGUGCAACGUUGGAGACGCACUGACAGGCCAAUCGCCGUCUACAUUUGGCAUGCCUCCACCCGCGGUAACUACCGGGUUUCAUCCAGCCAACCUCCGCAUCCCUGUCGAAGGGCGGCAUGCACUGGAUCAGGAUGCUCUUUUCCAAGCACGUCUUGCCCAGACAGGACAAGCAACUAUGAAUGCCUCAAAAUCGGUCCUCCUCCAGUUGCUCAGUCGUCUCAGUCUGUCAAGUCCUGGUGCAGCGAGGAUUAUGGCCGAGCUGUCUCUAGUCACGAGGGACGGGGAUGAUGGGAAAGUCGGACUUCUUGCAGGGUUGGCUGCUGCUUUGGUCGAGAGAGGCAAUAUCGUGGAUGUGAAACUGGACAAGAACGGAUCUCGUGGUGUCGAUGCGCUAUUCACCGUUCAAAUGGGCGAUGUCAAAGCUUUGUAUCGGGUUGGCGUCGAGGGGGGGACGGGUAACCUCAUGGUAACACAGGCGGAUAUACUUGCUUCAGAAAGGGGUGAAGAAGACGGGCCGGAGGCAAGCGUCUCUGCUGGCGAAGAACUGUCCAAGGCGAAACAGAGAAUCGAGGAGCUGGAGAAAAUGCUGCGGCAGAAGGAGGACGACUUGGAGCAGCUCAAGAUGCGGGUUCUUAGAGCUGUUAUGUAG